ACAUUUUCAUCAAAAUGAAGUUAGUAAUAUUUCGUUGUUUAAGACAAUCAAAAAAUCAUGCAAAUGAAAAAAGUGCCACCGACAAGGAGCUGCAACGAAAAAUAAGUGCACUUCCAAAAAAUUUCCCCGAAGCUGUAAAAAUACUCCUUUUGGGGACGGCCGAAUCGGGAAAGACGACAAUAAUUAAACAGAUGCGUAUCUUACACAUCAAUGGCUAUACAGAUGAUGAACGCCGUGAUAACAUACCGGAAAUCUAUCAGAAUAUACACGAAUCCAUCUAUCAAUUGGUACAACAUAUGUCCAUAUUGGGUCUAGAAUAUCAAAGCUGUGCCAGUAAACACAGUGCCGCCUAUAUUCUGUCAAUGGGCGAAACAGCUCCCGAAUAUAUGAAUGAGGAAUAUUGCGAUCACGUUAUGACCUUGUGGAAUGAUUUUGGCAUAAGAACUUGUUAUGAACGCUCGAAUGAAUUUCCAUUAUCGGAUAGUACAAAAUAUUUCCUCGAUAAUUUCGAACGGAUUUGUCAAGAUGAUUAUAUACCCACCACCGAGGAUAUCCUUCACAGUCGCAAAGUAACUACCGGCAUUCACAACAUCUCCUUCCGUGUCCAAAUACCCAAAUAUUUGGGUGGUGGUGAACAGAUCUUUCACAUGUACGAUGUUGGUGGUCAACGAGAUCAACGCAAUAAAUGGAUACAAGUUUUCGAAGGCAUACAAGCGGUACUUUUCCUCAUCUCCUGCAGUGAUUUCGAUCAGACGUUACGGGAAGAUCCCACCCAGAAUCGCUUGAUUGAGGCCCUUAAUCUAUUUCGUGGCGUUUGGCAAAAUCGUUUCCUCUCGUCGGCCGGAUUCAUUGUCUUCCUCAAUAAACAGGAUAUACUGCGUAGGAAAAUUGCUGCCGGCAAGCAUAUUGUUGAUUAUUUCCCCGAAUUUGAGGAUUUCUGUAACAGUCCACAGGCUGAGAGCUGUUUCGAUGAAUGCGAUUGGACGAAGAAAUUUAUCAAACAAAAACUUAUCGAUAUCACCGAAGAGCCCGUCAAGCGACCAUCACGCAAUCUCAUGAAUCACAAUGCCAAACGGGAGUGCUACUAUCAUUUUACCGUGGCCACCGAUACCAGUUGCAUUCGCAAGGUGUUCAACGAUGUCCAUCAGAUGAUAUUGCACGACAAUAUGGCCCAAAUGAAUCUAUUUUGAGGU